UGUGCAAAGACUCCGAAUGGUUUCUUGGAAAUGUGAAACUUAUUUUCAAGAGGUUAUCUCUAUUUGAAUUAGGCUAUAGGUCUACCGUUCAAACUAAGCACCAUUUUGUUGCUUCACAACCUUGCACUUGACCCUCAGUCUAAAAUCAAAAGACAAGACACUGCGCCAGUGCUGCUUGUGGGAUGUUGCAAUAUCUCAGCCCUUCAUGUGGCUACAACUGAGGGCUACAACUGAGGGCUGAGGCAAUUCCACAAGUGACAUCACUGCGCACUUAGCACAAGGUGGAGAACAAAACAAGGGAUCCUCUUCAAAAGGGGGAAGAAUUAAAGGGACGCCAAAUGUAAGCGGCUGUAUUUUUUAAUGUGCGGAGGGGGUUGAAAGGAAUUAUUUCAAGGAUGCAGAAAUCACCUGUGGAAGAUGCCAACUGGCUCUCCAAAUAUUUCUUCUGGUGGACAUACCCUAUUAUGAGGAAGGGUUUCACGGAGAGAUUAGGUCCUUCAGAUGUGUAUCAAGCUCCAUCUUUUGACAAAGCCGACGUCCUCGCUGAUCACUUAGAGAGAGAAUGGAAAAAAGAGGUUGAUUCUGGAAAGAAGAAUCCCAGGCUGCUCUUUGCACUGGUUCGAGUUCGAAGUUUCUUUUGGACUUUCAUGAUUUGUGGAGUCCUCUUGUUUUUGGGGGAAGCCUCGAAAACUGUUCAGCCUCAGCUCUUGGGGCGCAUCAUUGCCCAGUUUGACCCUUUCCAUGCAGCUGAGCGGUCGCAGGGCUACUUCCUGGCCCUGGGCCUGAGCCUUCUCUUCACCGCUCGCUUCCUGCUCCUCCAGCCGGCCGUCUUUGGCCUGCACCACCUGGGCAUGCAAAUCAGAAUCGCUCUGUUCACCCUCAUCUACAAGAAGACCCUGAAGCUCUCCAGCCGAGUCCUGGACCAGAUCAGUACUGGGGAGCUGGUCAGCCUGAUGUCAGCGCAUCUCAGCAAGUUUGACCAGAGUAUGGGCAUGGCCCACUUUGUGUGGAUCUCACCGCUGCAGUGUAUACUUAGUGUUGGUCUGGUGUGGGAACUCAUAGACGUCAAUGGCUUCUGUGCCCUGGCUGCCAUCUCACUGCUAGGCAUUAUCCAAGCUGGUCUCUCACACAAGAUGGGCCCUUACAAGACACAGAGGGCCAAGCUGACGAGUAAGAGGCUUGCCUUAACUUCGGAUAUCGUGGAGAACAUUCACUCUGUAAAGGCCUAUGGAUGGGAAGAGGUUAUGGAGACCAUUAUUAAUAACAUGAGAAAGAAAGAGGUGAAGCUCACGCAGAAGAUCGGCUCGCUGCGCUACUUCUACAGCUCGGCGUACUUCUUCUCGGCCAUCUGGAUCAUCGUGGCGGCCAUCGUGCCCCACGCCCUGAGCCGGGGCAUCAUCCUGCGACGCAUCUUCACCACCCUGUCCUACUGCAUCGCCCUGCGCAUCACCAUCACCCGCCAGCUGCCCGCCUCCAUCCAGAUGUGGUACGAUACCAUCGCCCUGCUCAAGAAGAUCGAGGAUUUUCUGAGUAAGGAGGAGUACAAGAUGCCGGAGUAUAACCCGAAUGCAACUGGGCUGAGACUUGACAAUGUCACUGCUUCAUGGGAUGAGGGUAUUGGGGAAUUGUUUGACAAGAUUCGGCGUGAGAACAAAGACAAGGAAAAUGGUCACAUGAACGGGGACGGCGGGCUCUUUUUCACCAACCUCUAUGUGACGCCCGUGCUGAGAAAGAUCACCCUGAGACUGGAGAAGGGAGAGAUGCUGGCUCUGGCUGGAUCCACAGGCUCUGGGAAGAGCUCUCUGCUGAUGACAGUAUUGGGGGAAUUGGUCCCAUCUGAGGGGACCAUCCGCCAUAGUGGCCGAAUCUCCUUCUCGCCUCAAACCGCCUGGAUCAUGCCCGGCACCAUCCGAGACAACAUCCUGUUUGGACUGAACUAUGAUGAGUACCGUUACAACAGCGUCAUCAAGGCCUGCCAGCUUGAGCAGGACUUGGCCGCGAUGCCUGAAAAUGACGGGACUGCCCUGACAGAGGGAGGUCUGAACCUGAGUGGAGGCCAGAAAGCCAGAGUGGCUCUUGCCAGAGCCGUGUAUAAGGAUGCCGAUGUCUACCUGCUGGAUGCCCCAUUCACCCACCUGGAUAUUGCCACAGAGAAGGAAAUCUUUGAGAGAUGUAUGCUCAAGCUCAUGGCCUCAAAGACCCGGGUGCUAGUCACCAGCAAGCUGGAGCACCUGAAGCGCGCCGACAAGAUCCUGCUGCUUCACAACGGCGACUGCUUUUUCUAUGGCACCUUCUCCGAGCUGCAGGCCCAGCGGCCCGACUUCAGCUCGCUGAUCCUGGGCCUGGAGGGCUACGACAACAUCAAGGCCGAGCGCCGCACCUCCAUCCUGUCCGACACGCUGCGCCGCGUCUCCGUGGACGAGUCGGCCGGCUACCGCUCCGAGCGGCCCUCGUUCCGCCCGCCCCAGCCGCCUCACCUGCCCGCCUACAUGGAGCAGCACCGCGAGGAGCGCCGAUCCUCCGUGCUGCUCAACCCGCUGGCGGCGGCCGCGCGCAAGCUCUCCUUCAUCCCCUCGUCCAGCUCGAUGGCGGGUGACGAGGAGGUGCUGGUGCGGCGGCCGGCGCCAGACAGGAAGCUGUCGCUCAUGCCCGAAGACGAGCUGGUGGACGAGUCGUUCUCGGGAGGGGACGUGUACCACAACCACAGCGUGCACAUGGCCGGCCAGCGGCGGCAGUCGGUGCUGGACUUCAUCACCAACGCCGGGGGAGCAGGCCGCCGGGACCCCAACCGCUCCUCGUUUCGCCGGAAGAUGUCGAUCCUGCCCCAGAGCGACCUGACCUCAGAGGUGGACAUCUACGCCCGGCGUCUCUCUGAAGACUUCAACGACGCCAAUGACUUUGACUUCAGCGGGGACAUGGACGGCGAGCACAUUGAGGCUUGCUUUGCAGAUCAGCAAAUUGAAGACGUCUUUGAAACAACCAAGUGGAACACAUAUGUCCGCUAUGUGUCCACCAACAAGAAUCUCAUCUAUGUACUCAUCUUCAUUUUCAUAGUCUUUGCAGCUGAGGUUGCCCUCUCUGUCAUUGGCAUUAAAUUGAUCACAGAUAAGGUCUGGAGGGAGGAGCAUCACUGGUUCAACUACAACGCAACCCACUACCCCAACAUGACACAGCCGGAGCAGUUCUUCCCGGUCAUCGUCACGCCGACCAGCAUCUACUACAUCAUGUACAUCUACGUGGCCACCUCCGAGAGCGUGCUGGCGCUGGGCUUCCUCCGCGGGCUGCCGCUGGUCCGCACCAUGAUCACCAUCUCGCAGAGGCUCCACGAGAAGAUGCUGGCCGCCGUGCUGCGUGCACCCAUGGCCGUACUCAACACCAUGAAGACAGGUCGCAUCAUGAACCGCUUCACCAAAGACAUGGCCACCAUUGACGACAUGCUCCCCCUCUUGAUGUUCGACCUCAUUCAGCUCCUCCUGAUUGUGGUUGGUUGCCUGUUGGUGGUGACCAUCCUGCGGCCCUACAUUUACCUUGCAGCGACGCCAUUGGCCAUCAUCUUCAUGCUCAUGAGAAAGUACUUCCUGCGGACAGGCCAGCAGUUGAAACAGCUGGAGACAGAGGCUCGGAGUCCUAUCUUCUCUCACCUCAUCAUAUCCAUGAAGGGUCUGUGGACGAUCCGGGCCUUUGGACGGCAGGCCUACUUUGAAGGCCAGUUCCAGAAGGCCCUCAACACCCACACAGCCACAUGGUUCCUCUACCUCUCCACCCUGCGGUGGUUCCUGUUCCGGGCUGACGUGAUCUUCACCCUGUUCUUCACCCUGGCUGCCUGGAUUGCAGUUGGGACCACAAAGGACCCUUACGUGGGUGACGUUGGUAUCAUUGUGGUCAUGGCCAUGCUUAUCAAUAGCACUUUCCAGUGGUGUGUGGUCACCAGCAUUGCUGUGGAUGGAAUGAUGCGCUCUGUGGACCGAGUCUUCAAGUUCAUCGACCUGCCAUCGGAGGAGCCCAAGUCGGAUGGUUUAGGGUCUAGCAAAGGCGGCAAGGACAAAGGCUCUGGCCUGGUCAUCGAGAACGUAGACGCCUGGGCUUACACUGCAUGGCCCAACCGCGGCCAGCUGGACGUGCAGAAGCUCUCCGUGAAGUACACAGAGGCAGGCCAGACCAUCAUCAAAGACCUCUCCUUCACUGUGGAUGGUGGUCAACGGAUGGGUCUGUUGGGAAGGACAGGGUCAGGGAAGAGCACCCUCUUCAAUGGACUUCUGCGUCUGGCCGACACUGACGGUGAGGUCCUCAUUGAUGAUGUUUCCUGGAACAACAUGUCCCUGAAGGCCUGGAGGAGAGCUUUUGGAGUCAUCCCACAGAAAGUCUUUAUCUUCACCGGAAGUUUCCGCAUGAACCUGGACCCGUAUAACCGGCACAGUGAUGAGGAGCUGUGGAAGGUCACUGAGGAGGUGGGCCUGAAGUCGGUCAUUGAGCAGUUCCCCGACAAGCUGGAGUUCCAGCUGGAGUAUGGGGGUCAGGUCCUGAGCAACGGCCACAAGCAGCUGAUGUGCCUGGCCCGCUCCAUACUCAGGAGGGCCCGCAUCCUGCUGCUGGACGAGCCCAGUGCCCAUCUGGAUCCCAUCACUAUAAAGGCUCUGAAGAGCACGCUGAGGGACUCCUUCUCCACCUGCACCCUCCUGAUGUCGGAGCACAGGAUGGAAACGCUGCUGGAGUGCCAGUCCUUCCUGUUGCUGGACCAGAGCACAGGGAAGACGUUCGACUCUAUCCAGAAGCUGCUGAACGAGACGAGCCACCUUAAGCAGGCCAUGAGCCCGCACGAGCGCCUCAAGCUGUUCCCCAGACGCAACUCCAGCAUGCGGGUCCCCCAGCCCAAGAUCAGCACCGUGGGCCUCACCCUGGAGGAGGAGGCCGAGGACGAUUUCCAGGACACCCGCCUAUGAGCCCCCGGGCAGGGCCAGGCCAGGCCAGGCCAGGUGCCACCAAGGGAAGGCAGAGAGAGGAUGGACGUGGAGAGAUUCAGAACAGGUCCUCUUCCUGUUGCCAGACCUCUAGCCUCUAAUUCAGAGACUCAGUAGAGCCAACUGGCUUAGACCGAGACAAGAAAAGGCACAGCUUGUUCUCCGUCCAUAUCUCAACGGUGUCUUAUAGGUACAGCUUUGGUGUCAUUAGGCUAAAAACAAUCUUUUAUCUAUGUGAAAGUUGGCUGUUCAUAGACAGCAGAGACGGAACGGUUUUAAUAAGAGGUUAUUAAUUAUUAUUUAUUAAUUAUUCAUUAGUUAUUAUUAUUAUUAUUAUUAAUUAACAUGGACAUCAAGUCAUCUGCCUCAGCAUUUAUUGUAUGAGGUCUAUGCAAAAAAGGUACUUUAAUACUUUUUUACAGUAACAACAAACUUUGUCCCCUCCUGCACCUUCGGUUUCAUAUCAGAUAGCUCUAUCCUAUUCCUCUGCAUAGCCUCUCUAAACCAGACACUUUAUGAAGAUUUUAGUUGUGUGCUGCGUUGUACCUUGACUGGAGCCUCGAAAUGUGAUUGUAUCAAGGUUAUUUUUUUUACUUUGUAAAUUAAGAGUUAUUUGUCUCUAUUGCUUGUAUUCAUCAAAACGAUUUUGUUGAUUUAAAAGGUAAAUUAAUUGUAAGUAUCGUAACUCAUGAAAUGGUGGCAUUUUCAAAGAAAGAGCAUGGGCAUUUAUUGUAUUAAUCCAUGGGAACAGCCAAGUUCCAGACGUUUGAUAGAAUUGACUUGAGAUGUGUGGACUGGUAUGAUACACAUCAGUGAUAUUCACCAUGUAUUUUCCAUAUUCAAAAUGAGUAUUUCAUCCAGUAUAGACUCAGGUCGCAGGCAUCUACAGUGUUUGUCUACAGUUUUGUGUUAAAUAGUACAGAUUCCCAUAUCUCCUUUAAGUCUACUCAACUCUGUCAUCAGAGUAAACCCUUCAGCCUAUCCCAUCCUAAGCACAAUAAUGGUGUGAUGUCAAAUCUGCAAUUAGCUAUCGGCAGAUUAAUACGUCCCACAGGAGUUUGCACCAAAGGCUGCAGUGAAAGAGGGAGACUAAUAUUUUAUAUGUCCACACCCACAGUAUGUCAACACAUCCAUUUGUAGCAAUCUAUGCUUUUUGUUCUUCUGGCUUGUGGGCUCAUUAAAUCAACAUAUUCCUUUGAAAUAUUUUAAUUAACUUAUCCUAUGACCCUUUUUGUGAACAAACACACAAAAAUGAAUCUGAAAAUGACACUUUUUUUUUUAAAUUUACAGAUAGAACAAUGUGCUGUUUGUUUCGCGGAAUGUGAAAUUGGUGAAUGAUGUUAAAGGAAUCUAAUUUGUGAACCCAACACAUGACCAGAUUUAUAAUGUCAGCUUAGCUAUGGGAAAAAAGAGUGUAUUCAUAGGAAAACAAUGUCAAAAUUGUAUUAUAUAUGUAUUUUUGUUUUUCCUGAGGAAAUUAUUUCUGCAAUCAAAUUGUUUUCCAUUAAAAUGAUUUUGAGAGA